AUGGUCUGCCAUCAAGACAAGGCACUUGUUUCCGUUUCAGACCGCGGCCAACGUAGGAAGAAGGAGCGACGCGAGGAGAGAAUCGGCCGACAAAUUCCGAGCGAGUUGGCCGUAGGUUGGGACGAAGCCUUAGAUAUGGAAGAUGGCUUCGACGACAACGAUAUACAAGUUGCCAAAGCCACGUUCUUGUCUGAAGCCCAUGCUACUUCGCCGGACAAGUCAUCCGCGACAACUUUAAGAAAACGCCCCUGCAUUGAUCCUCUUUCCGAAACUCUGUCCAACGAUCUGGAAAAAGAGGAAGAGCCAAUAGCCUCGGAGACCUUGGAGAUGAUUGAGAGGCUGCAGAAGGCCAAGCUAUUGCAGAGCCAGAUCAGAGAAUUGCGAAAGGUCACGCCUCCUAGCAAUACGUUCGUUUCAGUCAAACGGCCUUCAGGAAAAAGGGUGUCUGCCUAUUACAUGGGAUUCUCACUCAAUACCGUCAAGAAUAUCGUGUUGAAAAAGGAUAACGGAGACGCCCGAGGCAUGCAUCUACGCUAUAAUCACACUCUAUCGUUUGCUUCAGAUCUUCGAUGGGUCGCAACGGAAAUGAACAUCAAGGGACAAGCUGUUAACGUUAGAGUCCUUUUUAACCGCAUCAAGGUGCUAUUUGUGGAUCAAUUCAAGAUUCCAGGCAAGGAAGCGAUUCGCUUGUUGAUGAAGAAAGUGGGUUUCCGUUAUCAGGAUGUCAGGAACACUAGGAAUUUUGUCGAGUCAGAGGAUAUCAAGGCCAAGAGGCGGCACUACCUUCAAGAGCGACGGUCCGACAACUACCAGUACCACUACUACCGCCAGUCAGCAAGCACUGGAGUCAUCUUCAAACUCUCGACACCCAAGAAUGAUACCACGGGGGCCCCCAACACCGUCUCAACUAGAAAGAGAGACAGCCACCUAGGAUAA